AUGCGGAAAGAUGGCGACGGCAAGGUGGUGAUAAGCGGGAGUGAUGCGGUGUUGCCAGAACAACAGGAAGAAGCAGAAGAAGCAGAAGCAGAAAAGCAGAAAAGCAGAAAAGCAAAAAAGCAGAAGAAGCAGAAGAAGCAGAAGAAGCAGAAGAAGCAGAAGAAGCAGAAGAAGCAGAAGAACGAAAACACACGCUCUCUCUCAACUCUUCACCCACUCUUCCACUCCUUCUGGAACUUGUCGCGAUCUCGAUCAACCGAGUCGAUCCAUCGUCAUCGUCGCGUUUUCCACGAACAAACCAAGACAUCAAAAAAGAAAGAACCAUCAUCCUUCACGUCGAGCAGCGACUGUAGGGGAGACAUUGACUUGUUUAUCUCCCGCAAACGGUACGGCGCCAGACCAGUUACUUCUCUCGACGUCUACCUCUCACUUCUUUCACCCACACUUUACUCUCUCUUCGCGACCUCUCUUCUCUUCCGACUUCGAACUAGCGAUCUUACCGCGACUUCGAACGUCGUCCUCAUCUCAUCUCAAGUCUGA